GCGCAUCUAAUUGGCUGAAAUCAUCGCCGAGGAGAGAGCUUUCGGGGUCCCUUGAUCAUCGAUGCCAUCGAAGAAGCGGCGCGGGUUCCGGCGCAAGGGAAGCGACGGCGAGGGCAGCUCGAGCGAGAAGGGGGUACCGAGCCCGACGGCAAGCGGCCGACCGAAGCUGCUCAUGGGGCGGCCGGCGCUGGGCAUCCGCGCGCUGGCCUCGUCGGCCAUGGACCCGGCCAACCUCUUUGGCUUUGGCGACGUGUACCUCUCGGACCUCUCGAGCUUGCGCCAGUUUGAACUCAUCAACCUGCAGCCGUUCCCGGUGCGCGUGGACCUGAAGGCGGAGCUGCGCAAGCCGUUCCAUGCCAGCACGUGGGGCUUCCAGACGCAGAACGAGAACCUCCCGGACGACGACGGCGUCGAAGAGUCGCAUCUCGUCCGAAGCAUGUCCAAGUCGUCAUUCUCGUCGUCGCUUGCCGACACGGUCUUUCUCGACGAAGGCUUUAACGAGCUUUUCAACCAAAUGGGGCUCAUCGACUCGAUCGUUUUGCAGCCCAACCAAGCGCAGCGGCUCGUCUUCUCGAUCUGCGUCAAGCACGAAGCGUCUGGUACCGCAGCCAAGCCGUCAACAGGUUUGACGUCCAAAGCAAAUGCUGGCGACGACUCGUCUGACGAAGAGCGUCUCUACUUGAACGAGAGCUCGUUCGCGGCGCUCUCGGGGCGGCUCAUCUUUUCGACGACCAUCGUGUCGCCCGAUCGGUCGCCGACGUCGCCAGUUGGUGCGCUCGACGCGAUCACGAUCCCGAUCCAGGGCAAUGUCUGUCGAUCGCUGCUGCGCCUCGACGUGAAGGAGCUCCACUUUGACGACUGCAUCCCCGGCGGGUCGUACGUCAAGGACUUUACGGUCUGGAACCGGUCCGAGAUCCCGCUCGUCUUUCGCAUGAUGUCGUCGAUUCCCGACGACCAAAAGGCCAUGCUGACGUGCUCCGACUACAAUUCGGGCUAUGCGAUGGGCGAGAACCCGUUCCAAGUCGCCGCGUACGGGCACAUGCGCGUGCGUGUGACGUACCGCCCCGUCGAGGUCGGCGAGCAUAGUUUUGAGAUCCUCGUGCAAAACCUCCACGACUCGCGCAACGUCAAGACGCUCAAGGUGCACGCCAUCGCGUCCAAGGAGCACCACCGCGAGGGUCUCUCGAUCCGGGAGCCGAACGGGUCCUUCUUGAUGAGUGGGAGUCUCAUGGACUUUGGGGACUGCUACACGGGCAUGCCAACCCCCAAGAUCGUGCUCGUCAAGAACAUGACGGAAGCGCCGCUCCAUAUCGAGCUCUCGAGCGACCGGCCGAAGGAGGUCACGUUUGAGCUCAAGCUCGUGGGCAACAACCGUGCGCGGUCCUCCCGGUCCAUGUCGACGAUGCGAGGCCUGGGCUUUGACGAGCCGCUCUCGCCGACCGACUCGCGCCUCUCGCUGUCCCCGACGGCCACGUCGCCGACCAACAGCGUGUUCUUCAAGACCGAGAACGGCGACAGCGACGACGAGCCGGACGAAAACGACGGCGACGACGAGGACCUCAACUUUAGUCGCAAGCGCAACUCGUUUGAAGACACGCUUUUAAGCGAAAUGGAAGACGCGGACGACGACAUGGAGUUUGACGGCGAGCGGCCCGCGCCGCCGCCGAGCCCGAGCAGCCCCAAGACGCACGACGAAGGCCACGCGCCCAACAAGGCGCCGCUGCGCGCACGCUCGUCGCGCAAGCUUAUGCGUGUGCAUUCGCGCGUCAAGGACCUCUCCGAAAGCGGGAUUGAGAGCAGUGGCGCCAGUGUCUGCUCGUCGCCCGAGCGCAAGUCGUCGAGCCUUGUGCGCACCAAGACGGGCGUGCGUCCCGCGCUCGAUGAUCACGUCAACAACUACCUCGUCGAGGCGCUCGACCUCGCGCCUGGUGUCGAGCGUACGAUCGUCGUGUGGUAUACGCCGACGCCGUCCGACGUGUUUGACGUCAAGAGCUGCCGCCUCACGAAGCAGAGCUUCCGGCUUUCGUUUCGAUGCUAUCAAGUCCAAGGUGCGUGGACGGGCUCGAACCAGCGCGUGUACGACCGCAGUUUGGGCAAGUCGCUCCACGCGCGGUCGCGGACGUGUACGUCGUAUGUCACGAUGACGCCGUCUGUGCUGCACUUUGGCGACUGCAACAUUGGCGAGCUCCGGUCGAGUGCGUGUACGCUCACGAAUCACUCGGAGCUCCCGACCGUCGUCAAGCCGUCGGUCGUCUCGAAGGUCGUCUCGACGGUCCCGAACGACGAGAUGCAGCUCGGUCCGAAACAGUCGCUCGAGAUGAAGAUUGAGAUCAUUCCGCGCAAGGUCAACGCCAAUUAUACGCGCGUGGUCAACGCUGUGAAUCUCAAAAACAAACUCAACGUCGCCCAAGUGUGCGUGCGCUCGAGCAACAUGGACGCGCACCACGUGAUUUACCACUCGCUCUUUUACAAGCUGCACACGCCGUCCAAGUCGGCGUUUCUCAAUUUCGAGCACGUGGCCGCCAACUCGAUGAGCAUCAAGGUCUUUACGCUCGAAAACAUCACGAGCGCCGUGCUCCGGCUCCGCGUCCAGAGCAGCGACCCGUCGCGCGUCCAGCUCUACUACAUUGCGGACCACGCCAAGACCGCUCUCGCCCUCUCGCUCGUGUCGCCUGCCGUGUCGCCAUUGGCUGCGUCGGCGCCAAUCGAUUCGCCGCUUGUGUCGCCGGCGCCCGUGGCCGUGACCACCGCAAGCGCCACGUCGUCGUUGCACAUGCCGCCGACGCAGACGAUCCGCCGGCGCCGCUCGAUUGGCAGCAUCAAAGAGCUCAACGCGCCCAAGAAGACCACCGAGCUCUCGCGCCUCCAAGAGCUCUUGUCGAAAAAGAAACAUACAACCAAGCGCAACGGCAGUCGGUCGACGACAGCGACACCGGCGAUGCCCACGACGCCCCUCGCGGGCUCGGCGACGCCGACGCCAACGUCAACGUCGACGAUGCCGUCGGUGCCGACCGUCGUCGAGCGAAGCAACGGUAAUGGCGCCAAGAAGGAGCUCGAUGCGGUGACGUCUGAUGUCGUCGGCAUGUUUGAGUCGCUUCGCUUUGACGCCGAGCGCGAGAAGGACACGGUGACCUUGAUCCGCGAGCGCGUCCGCCGGUUCCACCAGCUCGUCGCCGACAAGCACCUUGUGCCCGUGCUCACGACGAAAGAGUGGAACGUUCGCAUUCCGGCCAAAGGGUCGCUUCCGAUCCUCGCGGUCUUCACGCCCAAGGUCGGGGAGGAGACGCCUGAGAAAUCCCGCGUUGAAAAGUACAAGGUGUUUGUGACGCUGCCGGCAGGCGGCAACCAACAGGGGCGGCACCCGGACCUCUCGGCGUCGGCGUCGCUCGGGCACUCGCUGCACCCGUUCGACACGCGGCCGUCGGUGCGCGAAUUGCUCCUCAAGAGCCGCGUGUGUCGCUCCGUGCUGCAAGUGAACCAGAAAAACAUCAACUUUGGGCGCAUCACGACGUUCAGCAAGAGCUCCAAGAAGGUGCUGGUCCGCAACGGGUCGGCGAUCCCGCUCGUCUACAUGAUUGAGAAGACGGGGUCGAUCUCGUCCGGGUUUCUCGAGAUCAAAGACGGCGACGUGGGCGUCAUCAAGCCCUUUGGCGCGCGCCACGUGUGCUUUGAGUUUCAGCCAACACUCGCGGGUCCGUUCGAGGAGAAGCUCAAGAUUGUCAACGUCCAAGACGUCGAAAACUCGGUGUUUGUCACGAUCAAGGCCAAGGUCGUCAAGCGCGAGACGUUCAAACUGCCGCAGGCCGGCCAGCCCAUCUCGGUCGGCACGUGCCUCGUCGACGAGCCGAGCGACGCAUUCAAGCUCACGAUCCGCAACAUGAGCCGCAAGAAGCGCGAGUACGUCAUCGAGGUCGACACAGUGACGGGCUUUUCCGUGCCGUCGCUACGCCCGACGUUCUCCUUCAACUUGGAUGCCAUCCCCGCGGCCAACAUUACGCAAGCGCAGGAGAAGAAGCUCGACGAGGAGCUCGAGAAGCUCGAGCACAAGCUCCGAAUCGCUGUCACCAAGAAGAAGGAAGACAAGAUUGGGAAGCUCAACUCCAAGAUCAGUCACGUCAAGGCGCUUUUAUCGGGCGAAGGCAGUGCCGAGACGGGCAAACACCCGCCACGGAGCAGCGCGUCGGCGUACGACAGCGGCAACAGCGACACCGAGUCCGAGUCCGAGUCGCGGACGCCGCUUCGGCGCCAGGUCGUUCGCCGGCGGUCGGUGCCCACGGUCAUUCACAACACGUUGCAUUUCACGCUCGAGCCCGAGUCGACGGGACGCAUUGUCGGCACGGUCGUCUUCAAGCAGGAGGGCGACGUCGUGUCGGCGAAGAAAGCGGGUCCGCACCGCCGCCGCCACCACGGGCGCCGCGGCAAGGGCGGCAUGUUGCCGCCGACAGCGGCCCCGGGCGCCGCGACCCCGAUCUUUGGCGUCGGCAAAUUCCUCUUUUACGAGCAGCAAAAUAAGGACGUGAUGAAGGAGCUGCAGUACAAGGCCGACGUGUACCUCCGAACACCCGCGGGCGAGAACGCCUACUGCCGUGUCGUCGGCAAAACGCUGCUGCCGCCCAUGCCGUUCCGAGACCCGGUGCCGAGCAAGCCGGCCAUUGAUCGGUUCCAGGUCAGCGUCGGGCAGCUUGGCGCGACGCGGCCAUCGACGCUGCUCUUGCCGAUCGAAGAAGCACCGAGUGACGCGCUGGGAUGGCUCCUCGAAGUGCGCCCGAAGGAAGCAAGCACGCUCGAGCUCAAGUGGGUGCCGUCGGACGCGUUCCAAGAUGUUGUCGGGCUCGCGAUCGACAUGGCCGACGACGUGCCCAUGGCGCUGCCUCAAAAGCUCGCGAUUACGCCGGACACGGCUUCGAACCUGCACGUGCGCUGGCAUUUUGCGGCCAAGUCGGGGAUCGAGGCCACGGCACCGCUGGCGACAACGCUGGGAAAGCUCGCGCUGCCGUCCGAGUGGAAGAAGAAGGGCGAGUUUCCCGCUGGUCGUCUCGUGCUCAGCGAUGGCAAGUCGACGUCCAGCGUCGAUGUCACGAUCGUCAAGACGGUCCAGCGGUCGCUCCAUCUCGAGUCGGACCGCGUCGACCUCGGCGAGCAGCAGCUUGGCGCGGUCGUGCACGGCGUCUUUUACGUGUGCAACGCGUCGUCGACGCCGGUCAAGUUUCUCGUGCUUGUCUCGUCGAUUGGCCCGGAUGACGCGCCGGCAAAAGCGACCAACCUCGUGCUCCCGACGGCGACAGGGCGCGUCGAGGGCAAUGGCCGCACGCCGAUCCGGUUCACAUACACGGGCACGAGCUCGGGCAAGCACACGGAAGCGAUUCUCGUCCGCAACCUCAACGACCGGCUCGACUCGACGACGGUCAACAUCAACGUCCGCGUGACGCGCCCUGUCUACGUGCGCAUCCCGGAACUUGACCCGCAUUUUACGGGGCAGCUCACGGACCUCAACAUUGGUGCUUGCUACGUCACGGCCGACGAGAUCGACGGCAAGUUUAGCAAGGUGCGCAAGAUCACGCUUGUGUCCCAGGUCACGGAAACGCUCCUUCUGUGUGCGUCGUCGAACCUCAAGACGCAGUGCUACGUCUACGAGGACGCGGCGCUGCAGCACGACGCGACCAACAUUGUGCUCCCGGGCAUGGAGGCCACGGACCUGUACAUUGCAUUUCGGCCGCGCUUGCCCGCCGACGCGUUCAAGACGGGGGCGUCGCGCGACCUCAUGGGCGGCAUUCGCAUGCAGCUGUUCCGGGAAAAGGACGCGCUCGAGGACCGCGUGCUGGCCGCCGAGUUUACCGUCAAGUUUGUCGGCGUCGCGGGCGCGAGCUUGGCCACCGUGGUGCCGCGCGAGAUUGACUUUGGGACUGAGCUCAACAUUGGUCGGCUCCAGCGCUGCAAAACCCACGAAGGGGGGUUUGAGCUCACCAACGUCAACAAGUCGCUGCCAUUGACGUACCGCGUGUACGUUGCGGCCGUGCACGAAGCUGGCUACUCGGACGACGACGAGUCGCUGCACGUGUCGCUCCGGCAUGAAAAGGGCGAGAUCCCGCCGGGCGAGUCGUGCCGCAUCGACUUUAACGUGGCGGCGUUCACGCACGGCCUCUUUCGCCGGCGCAUCGUGGUCGAGAACGUGUACAACCCGCAGAACGUCAACACGGUCGACGUGGUGCUCUUUGUCGACAAUGGCAGCAUCGCGUGCGACGUCGUACCGCGCGCGGCCUUGUACACGCUGCAGGACCGACUCCGCGCAAUGCUGCAAGGCGAUUUGUUUGCGACGAAACCCAGUGUCCUCGCGCUCGGGACGGUGCCCGUCAUUACGAGCGAGCCCCUCGGCUUGGCCGCCAACAGCGACAACCAGCGCCAGUACCGCAUCUUUCAGCCGUCGACGGUCGCAGACCACCGGUGGUACGUCUCGCUCGUGAACCGCUCGUCGCGCGCCGUGACGCUGCGCCCGAUCUCGAACCUCCCGCUACUUUUUUCGUGGCUUGUGCUCGAUGCACCGGCAGCGAGCCGCGUCCCAACGUUUGCCAAUGGGAUCACGGCGACCGAUGCGCGCGAGCUCUCGGCGGUGCCCAGCAGCAAUGCGAGUGCCGUCGGCCUCUACACGGGCCCGGUGUUUACGCUGGAGCCGCACACGAUCGUGGUCGUCGCGACACAGUUUGCGCCGGUGGCGUGCUCGGACCUCUUGCCGAUCGAUGCGAUGGACGCGGGGAAGACCGUGCCGCUCCAAGGCAUGAUUGCGUUCCAGAGUUUCGAGGACCACCACGAGCAGUGCGAGGCGACGACGCUCGGCGUGCUGCCUGUCACGGGUGUCUACGGCGAAUCGCGCCUUCAAGUGCUCUCGUCGCACAUUUCGCUCGGCAAGAUUGGCUACUCGACGGCGUGGUCGCCGUGCACGUUUGAAGUGGACGUCAAGAACGUGGCUGAUGUUCCGGGCCUCUUUUGUCUCGGACCGCUCCCGCCGUGUUUGGUGCUGCUCGAGAUUCAUAGCGCGGCGCGCGUGUCGUCUCCGAAGUACAGUCAUUGUGACGACGACGACGUGUCGACAACGGGCGUCGUCUCGCUCCAAGAGCAGCUCGCAACGGCGCUCUCGGGUGCUGUCUCGGACGUCUUUUACGAAAUCGAAAGCCGAGCGACCGCGACAUUGGUGUUCGAGUGCCUCCACACCCCCGAGUACCUUGGCGCCGGGCGGCACGAGCUCAGCUUGAGUCUCUUCAACUUUCACAACCCGCACAACACGCAGGUCGUCACGGUCUCGGCGCAUGUGAUUGCGAAUUACAUGGACAUUGCGCUCGAGAGCGACUGCGUCCGGUCCGACGAAGCGCUCGUCGCGUACGUGCCUCCGCUUGUGCUGCCGAGCGACGCGCCCUCGGGCUUUCUCUGCACGAUCCACAACGUGUUUGACGACGACCUCGAGAUCAAGCUGUCGUGCCAUGUAUCCGACGCGCUCGCAAGUGUGCUGGAAGUGGCUGUCGUGUCGCGGUCGUCCAACACGCCACUGACGGCGCUGACGCUGCCACCCGGCGAGCACGUGGACGUGCGUGUGCACUGCAGCAUGCUGCCGGGGGCGACGUGGACGGACCUCCCGUUUGCGUCCUCAAGCGACGGCUCGCGCUUUGAUGACGCGUGCGAUUUUGGCAUGCUGUGCAUCGCUGCGACCGCUUUGGACUCGGCGGCGCGCAUCCGCGAGAUCGCAAUCAAGGGCGCGCUUGUGCUCGGGCAAUCGUUCAGCCUCUCGGCGCGCCAGCUGCGGUUCCACGCCAACCCGCUCCCGCGCUCGAGCUGCUACCAGUUGCAGCAAAGCUCGGACUGCUUUUGGAUCCAAAACCCGUCGACGACGCAGCCGCUCACGUUUGAGGUCACGUCAUACUCGACGCACGUGCCCGGGCUCUGCUUUUUGCACAAGGAGACGUCGGCGGCGGCGAUGGGCGACGUUCUCUGCGCCGUUGUGACGCCGUCGACGGGCACGAUUGCGCCCAAGAGCUCGAUGAAGGUGCUCGUGCAUUUGGAAGAGUGCACGCACGCGGCCCACGAAGCACACAGCGAGCCACACUGCAUGCUCCUCUCGGUGCGCGAUGUCACUGCGUCUAGCUCCUCGGCCCUCAUUGACGUGCUGCUGGUCAUGGAAGAAGCCGAGAUGGCGGCGCUGCCGCCCGCCGUCAUCCAGAGCGCCGUGUCAAAGCGCCGGCCACGCCUCGACACAACGUCGUCCAGUAACAGUAUGCAGCUCGAGGAGAACGUCGCAAACGAGUCUGCGGUCGUGGAGAGUGACGCCGUGUCGUCACCGUCGCCGCCACCGUCCGAGGUGCUCGAGGCCGCGACCGAUGCACUUUUGACGGUACGCGGGUGCACGCCGGCCGAGAACUCGACGCUCGACAACACGCUGUACGUCAUUGACGUGGGGCAGCACACGGUGCGCGCGGGCGGCGAGAUCGAGUGGGAGAUUACGCUGCACAACGAGCAGGAGAAGAGCGUCGGGUACCGGUUGUACCUUGCGGACGCCAAAGCGUCGUCGUGGCUGCGCCUGAGCAAGUCGCAGGGGUCGCUCUUGUCGUACCAGACGAUCGUGCUCCGCUUUGCGCGCGACGUGGUCGGCGUCUACAGCACGUUUCUCGUGCUCGAGAACGUCGGCAACCCGAGCGAUCUCAAGCUCAUUCGCGUCAAGAUGGAGGUGAUUGCGGACCUCAACGCGCUCCGGGCCAUGGCCAAAGACAAGUCGGACACGAACCUCUUUCGAGUCCUCGUGUCCAACUACUCUGGCUCGAAGCGGCAGCGGCGCAAGUCGUCCGAGUUUUCUCUGACGCCCGAGGACCCGCCGUCGCGCUUGGAGAUCGAGUACGGCGACGUCUUUUACGACAAGCUGUACCACAACCACUCGGUGCUGCUCGAGAAUUUCUCGAGCUUGUCGCUCGACUUUAUGCUCUCGAGCAACGGGCGGCCGCACGAAGUGGGCUUCUCCAUGUCGCCGACCUCGUUCAACGAGAUUAGCAGCGUGACACUUGGCGCGUACCAGCGGCUGCAGGUGUUUCUCAACUUUCGACCGGCGCCCAAGAAGGCGACCGCGACCGCCGAGAGCUGGGUGCGCAACAUUGAGGUCUACGUCAACUGCCGGCUCGUCAAGGACUUUCGCGAGACAGUGUUUUUGAAAGCAACGUGCAACAUGCCGCAGCUCCACGUGCACAUUGCGCACGCGCAGCCGACGCUCGGCGACUGGCCGACGUACCACGAGCCGGCGCUGCCGUACUUCGCCGCGCAACCCACGUUCCUCGGCAUGGGCUUUUCCGCGCCCGAGUCCAUCUUGUGCGAAGACUCGCCGACCGAGAUGCAAGCCGACGCCAAGUUCAUCGUGCUCCGCAACGUGCGCAGCGACGUCAACGCGCACGUGGCGAUCCGCAACGACAGCAUGUUUUUCGAGGUGAGCGUCGACCACAUUGUCGACGUCGACGGCGUCCUCGCGCCGCUCGCGCUGCGUGUUGCAGGCGACCAAAAGCACGCAACAUUGUCGCUCAAGCUCGAACCGCACGACAUUGCGGUGCUGCGGAUCGAGCCCAACUUGGAGCUGCUCCGGAAGCACCGGCAGCAGUGGGAGCACAGCGUGAAGGAGCACAUUGCGUUUUACAACAUGAAGCAGUUUGCCGAGCACUACCACGUGUCGCUGAGCUUCACGCCGAGCAACAUGUCGAGCUUCCUCAACGCGCCGCAGCUCCGCGAAGCGUACCCGUUCUCGACGCUGGAAGACACGAUCGCCAAAUUCCUCAAGAACUUUCAACUGUUUUGGAAAGGCCUCCACACCGUGCUGCUCGACACGGACCUCGACGACGACAACCGCCGGUCGCUCUUGUACGAGCUCGAGCACGCGAUCGACCUCGUCGUGCCCGUAAGUCCGCGCCCGCACGGCCGCCUCGGCCAGGCCACGAUCCCGCAGUCGUACCGCGCGCUGUACUUUGACUUUUACUACAUCACGGACGAGCUCAUCUGGUACGGCGUCCGCAGCAACGCGGGUCGGCACACGGUGACGCUGGCCGACUUGGUCUACGGCGUCGUCUUUGGCCAUGAGGUCUUUGCCUGCAUCUUUGAGGCGUCAAGCGGUGCGUCGUCGACACCGACGACGCUCUCGCCGCUACUUCCGCUGCUGCAAAAGCACCGGCUCGAAAAGUUCAUGGACGUCCGCCGCCUCCUCCUGCCGUGGACACGCCAGCUCGGGUACUUUUUGAGCUUUUUUCCCGAAAACCAAGAGACGACGCUGCCGCUGCGCCAGCUCUACGAGCCGCUCAAGCGCUCCGACCUCCAGCGAUAAGCCGCCGCAAUACAAGUGUUGCAUAUACCACAA